AUGGUUUUCAUUUUUGCAAGCAGUGUGAUGAUGAGUUUCGAAGUCGAUUACCCAGAUUUUUUCUUGUGGCCGUAUUGGGAGAACGCUGUUCUUCUGAUUUUUACCUUCGAGCUUGUGGCGAGAGUGAAGCAGAGCGGCUGGAGCUUCCUGUGGCCUCGGCGUAUCGAGCUGACCGAUGACGCGCGCGACGCCGAUUCGGACGUGCAAGCCGGAGACCGGCACAGCUCUGAGGGCGGCGUCAAUUGGGCAGAAUUGACAUGGAACGUUCUUGACACAAUCAUCGUCUUGUCUGGGAUUUUGGACCAGUGGAUCUCUCCUGCAAUAUCCGUGGUGACAGUGUUUCUUGGCAUGCCGCCAGUAUCUGGUGGUCCUGGCAAGAUCAUGUCGUUGUUGAGGAUUCUGAGGUUGUUGCGAAUACUGCGCCUGGUUAAGUUGAUCAAGAACAUUCCGCAGCUCUACCUCCUGUUGACAGGCAUAUUGAAAGCGAUGUCAAGCAUGAUAUGGGUGUUCGUGCUGACCCUUGUCAUUCUAUAUGCCUUCAGCCUCCUAGCCGUCAAGCUGUUCAGGGACAACAUGAUCAUCGGACUGCGGUGCCCCGAUGAAAUACAUGACGUCUUCCCUGGGAUACUCGAGUCCAUGUACAUCCUCUUCCAGCUGAUGAACGGGCACCUGGCCAUGUUUGAGGACAUCCUUCAGGAGGAUUGCGUGCCUGCCCUGAAGCCGUCCAUCAUGGCGUACAUGGUCCUGUCCUCCCUCGCCAUGCUACCCAUCCUGACCGCCGUGGUCAGCGAAAACAUGUUGGACAACUUCCAGGAGAAACAGCGCAAGGAGGAGCUGGAUGCCCAUCUCAUGCAGAACAUGAAGCAGAAACAGUUGAUGCAGGAGCUGUUCGGCGGCAGAGAGAGGGUGACCAGGAAGGAGUUCAGCAAGCUCCUGCGAAAACGGGAGUUCAAGGAGCUCCUCUUCGAGACCGCCGGACUCAGCGUGCUCGAUCUGAAGGGACUCUUCGAGCUCGUGGAGCGGGAGGAGAACGGCGACCACGAGAUCAGCACGACAGAGUUCAUCAGCAAAUUGGAGAGGGUCUGCAGCACGGAUGACAUCCAGGAGCGGGGCAUCAUGAGGCUGCAGAAGCGCCUCGGGUCCGUCGAGCGGCGCCUGUCCGCGAGCGUCGGCGCGCUGGCCGGGCCGCCUUCGGCGCCCCCGGACGCGUGGGCCGGGCGCCCCUGCGCGCAGCCCCCCUUGGUUGCACGCGCGCCGAUAGCGGCGGCGGCCUCAGAGAUCGGAAGAAAAAAU